CCCGCAUCCGCACCAUGAAGUUCCAAGGAGCGAUCCUAGUCUCCUUUGCCCUUGCCGCCAGUGCAUACAAGGACAACUGCUGGUAUAAUCGAUCAAAAUGCCAUGGGAGGGAACCUCGCCUAAUUGCGGUAAAGAUUCUACUCCGAUUGGCACGACUAGAGGCCAUGACCCGCAGUAUAAACUCGUUGCAUCCACUCAGCACCAGUCGGUGGGCACGCACGGCGGUCUUGACGAGUGUAAGAGUACGUACGGCGAGACCUGCUGGUCUGGGUGGAAGACACUCUGGUGUCAAAGUGAUGAGGAAUGAGGAUUGGACUUACUGGGCUGAGAGGUUCCCUGCGGUAGGGAAAUCAAUCCCAUGGGUGGUUGGCCGUAUCAGUUACUAUACAGAGAUGGGACAUUUGGGAUAUCUCCGGAAUGGUUAGAUGGUGUUGGAUUUUAGGGAGGAGGAGGAGAUGGUGGUGAAAGUA